AUGGUGAUAACAUCUAUACCUACUCCUACUGUUACUGUUAUUCCUGUGCCGAAACCUCGACGUCUUCUAUCCUCAGAUGCCCCAGUGCCACCACCUCGAAAAUCUCUACUCUCAAAUCGAAGAGUGUCGAGAGAGAAUCGGAUUCUGGAAGUUGCUGAACCAGAAUUGAGAAGUUCGAAACUUCGUCCAUGCUCUUUCCCAUCGUGUUCGUCAUCUUGCCAUCUGAAUAAUCUGGAAACUAGUUCCUUCGAUAAGGCUGAAAAUCAUUUGAAAUCAUUCUGUACUCCCGACGACACACCAACAAUGUCGGCGAGAGCCAUCGCUCGAAAUCGUGGAGCGACGACAACGACAAAUUAUAGUAAUAUUAAUAACAGCGAACGACCACUGUCGGCUUACGAAGAAUCGGCAGAAGCGACACGGCAACGAAAGAAUCGAAGAGCCAGUGUGGCGGUAAUGCCAAUGAUGGAAUUGGAUUAUAGGGAUAGAGUUAUUGCUGGAAGUACUCGAUCGGCGACGAUGGGAAGACGGAGAAGUGAAGGGACGGCGGGGAGAGAAUUCAGCCCGGACUUUGGAGCAAUUCGAGUACAAGUGGAGGAUAUCACGUCGGUUCCCGGCUCAAUGAUGAAGGAGGACGACGAUGAGAAGAGUGGGGAAAUCGACGGCGGACGGUCUUUUGACAACGGUGGCGAGACGUCAACUGAAACGAUUACCGACGCGACUCUCAAUGGAAGUAUGCUGAAUGGAAUCCGCCGUGUCUCCGAUUGGGCGGUCCCUUCAGAGUAUGCGAGCAGUCCGAUUGCUCAAGAACUGUCUCAAUCAGAAGUUGAAGAGAGACCUCGACCGCCGAUCCCGGCAAUGUAUAUGAACACUUCGAUAUCGUCUGCCGCCACGACGACGACGGAUCGAGGCGAGGAGAGUGUCUACUCGGAUUUCGUGCUGAAAAGGAACUCGUCGACGUCUUCGAUGUCGGGAAAAAGUGUGACGUUGCUGGAACAGAUUAUACGGACACACGCAGUUUGGUACCUCCCCCAUAUGGGUCGCCCCGAAGUCCUUCAUCUUCUCCGCCGUAUGGAACCAGGAAACUUCAUUGUCCGAGCAUCGACCCGCGAAAACUGUAUGGCUCUCUCAGUCCGCUUGGCGCCAGGAGCACACGUCGAUAUAGAUCACUAUAUAAUCGAAAAGCUCAUAGUUCCACUGAAAUCUGGUUCUUCGAAGGAUUCUGUGGCGCCGACGUCGGUGAAAGCGGUCCGAUUGGAAGGCAGCCCACUCACUUUUCGAUCUCUUCCACUUCUUAUCGAACACUAUUGUGUUAAUGAAGACGAAUUGGAGCAUCAUCUCCAACUUCCAUCUGCAAUCCGCGCAUGCACAACUACAAAGCAGCUAUUGAGUAUUGCUGUGAUGGAGCAGGAAUUCUGGGCCAGAGAGAUGUCGUUGUCCAGAAAUAAGACGGCGUCGACCUCCUCGUCGUCACGGAAUUCAAUUGCGUCGUCGUUUCGAAGCAACAACAACAUCAACGCCUCCAACAAUAAUACUAUGCCGAGAUGUCAUGAAGCCCCAGACGCCUCCACAUGGUUUAUGGAUCGUCCCACUGUCGACGAUGAAUCGAUUUAUGAUGAGGUGGAGCCACGAAUGAAUAGUAGAACUGGAGUAGGCGGCGGCGGUGGCAGUUACUAUGCAGUCAAUGACAACAUCAUCAAAUCCAACACGCUCAACAACAAUUCUCCGAGACGGAGCAGUGGAAUGUUGUUGACACCUGAAAUGGCAUUGGGACCGGAUCAGCAGAAGACUUCCAAGAAACGCCGCUCAUCGUCUCGUGCCUCGUCUUCAUCGAAUCCUAGAUUCGCUACAGUUUGUGUUGGAGAUUUCACGUCACUUGAUAAUUGGAAUGGAACGUCUUCAAAGAAUGAUCCAGAUGAGACGGAUAGUGGAUUGAGUACUCACUCGCCGCCGAGCAAGCACGAUCGUCUAGAUGAUGUUCACAUCUCCCGAAGUGACCGUCGCUCUCAAUCCGUCAGAUCGCAUAAAAGUGUCACAUCAUCUCCGAAGCUUGGCAUCCCAUCGUCGACAAGCAGUACACUUUCACGGCCACGUUCGUUUCUUCGGUCGCUUCUCUCGUUUGGAUCGUCAAAUAAGGAGCAGAAGAGGAAGGAGAGCUUGGACGUUGACUCGACACCCCGCCUUGCCAACUGUGAAUACUUCACUCCAUGGGAUAGCAACAGAUCGAAUAUGCAACAAGUUAGAACCUCCCGCUCCGCCUUCGACAUCACCUCCCCUCCAACCCGCGGAUUCUUUGGCUCAACGACACCGAAAAAACGGAAUGGAGUGAUGCCAAGUUCCGUCUAUCAAGCAAAAAAUGCCUCAUCAUCGAACAUGUUUGACGACGAGAAUUACACGCGUGGAUGGAAGGAAGCUGCGUAUGCUGAGACACCGAACAAUCAUCAAGCGGAUUCGUCGAUGCGAACGUUCAAACCGCCGAAUUAUGAUGAUGUCGCUGGAUCUUCCACUGGAUCCCCAUCGAGCCGAUCUCGACCGCUGGCUAUGCGAAGAGAACGAAGUGAUUUAGGAGUGAUGAGCAACGGAUUCAAUCUCGGAGUGAAGAACAACGCACCACGUCUGGCACAUCACAAUGAGAGCAGUCCGGGACCCGCGCAUUCUUCUUCUAAUGGUCGUGUUCCGAUGACACCACCGGCGAACGCGGGCGAUCCACUGGUGCAACAGAAUUGUGUUGAAGAGUUGCGUCGAAAACGACUGCAAUCCGCCAAUGAAAUGCUCUCACCGCACGAAAUCAACGCUGCCAAACAUCCAUAUGGAGAAGUUCAUAGUGCACACGCGAGUCCUCAAGUAUCAAUGAGACGACGAAACGGCGGAUUCCCAUCACCAUCUGCCAGUCACAACGGAUUCAAUCGAAACAACGCGUUCGCCGCUAUUGAUAGAAGUCGUGGAGGAGAUCAUCGAUUGUCUGUGCCCAAUUUGAUUGCUGUAACUGAUCCAUUGGUUCCUGGAAGUGUUGGACAAUCAGCGAAAGCGUUGAGAGAACGACUUGGUGGAAGGACUACGGAUGGGGAGUUGAUGGUUAUUAAUGAAGGAUUGGUCACACCGGUAGUGAGAAGAAAAACGUUUGCUCCAGCUAUGAAGACUGUAACGACAUCGAUGGAUGAGUUGGGUGGAGAAGUGAUGAAGAAACGAGAGGCUCUCGAAGCGGCUCUCAAUGAGAAGAGAAGACAUCCAUCGGAUUCGAUGUCUAGUGGAUCGUCGGAUCAUUCGUCAUUGGGUAGAAGGAAACAAAAAAACACGUAUGCUAACGAGGAAACCUAG